AUGAGCGCCACAUACCCCGUGAUUGGACGCAGCGAGUCCAUCAUUCCUAAGUGCUUCUUCAUUGUUCACUGUAACACAUACGCAAUUGAACAGCGCAAGAGGGUUGCUUUCUGGCAUAGUGCAUGCUACACGACCUGGCUCCUUCUGAACACGGGAGAGUGUUCAUACAUGGACAGGCCUAGACAAGUAUACGGUACACCACGUGACCGGAAUCGUACUACUUCAAACUUUGUCUUCACCCAGGACCAGGUCUCGACUCUCGAAUGUGGAACCGUUUGCAGGCUCGUGAACUCUCCUCACUUGAACCAGCAGAAAAGGGGAUCAUUUGGAAACCGGAUGACUCAAAUCCUCUUCUACGACAUUAUGUUCAUCUUGACCAUGCUGGGUGUCUUGGUAUGCCUCCGGUGUUAUAUUUUAUGUACCUGCUCCAACGACCUAGGCAAUUCUGAAACCAUGCUUUCACUUGAAAUCAUCGACAUUUCGAACUCCAUCCAACGUUCCACUCUCGCCAAGAUCAGUUAUGUGUUAAGUCAUUCCGUAAGGCGUUCCUCUGAAGCUUCUGUACCCGUCCUUCUUAUGCUGCGAAGAGUCACUCAUGCCCAGGUUAACACGACUCGGACACCUGUGAGACAAGCCAUUACGAUUGGAUGGCGUAAAUUUGAACAUAAAAGUGAUAUUUCACCCAAGAAGACGCACGUGAGCACAAUUAUUUGA